UUUCAUCCCAAGAUUUCUCCUUCUACUUAGUGCGAAAGAGAAAGGGCAGUAUGGCGAUGAGGCAACCGGUUUUGAUACUUGUGUUGGUGUCAUGCCUGGUUGCAGUGCAUGGUGACUCUUACGGAAACCCCUCCCCCUCUCCCCCUCCUUCCUCCCCACCAAAGCUUGGGCCAUCUGCACCACCUCCUUCUAGAGUGGCUGGGAAGACCUUCGAAAGCCAAGUAUUUACUUGCAAUGACAACAAAACUUCAUGCUUUGGCAAGACCAUUGUGUGCCCAAGCCAGUGCCCUGAGAUGAAGCCUGCUGACCCCAAGGCCAAGGCCUGCUUCAUUGACUGCAACUCCCCCAAGUGUGAAGCCAUCUGCAGGAAUAGGAGGCCAAACUGCGAGGGCACCGGAGCGGCGUGCUACGACCCGAGGUUUGUAGGAGGAGAUGGCAUCAUGUUCUACUUUCAUGGAAAGAAGGGCCACCACUUCAGCUUGGUCUCCGACCCCAACCUCCAGAUCAACGCCCGCUUCAUUGGCAGGAGGCCGCAAGGCCGGACCAGGGACAACACCUGGAUCCAGUCUCUCGGGAUCAUGUUCGGCGAGCACACCUUUACCUUGGGUGCGUCGAAGACCGCCAAAUGGGACGAUGACGCCGAUCACCUCUUCUUCUCAUUUGACUCCCACCCCUUAUCUCUACCAGAGGGCCACCGUGCCGAGUGGUCAGCCCCUGACAGCCUCCUCACAGUGGAGCGCACAUCCACCGUCAACAGUGUCUCAGUCAGCCUCCCCGGCAUAAUGGAGAUAUCCGUGAGCAUCGUGCCGAUAACCGAAGAGGACAACAGGGUCCAUAACUACCAAAUUCCUGAAGACGAUUGCUUUGCCCACCUUGAGAUUCAAUUCAGUUUCUUUAACUUGUCACCAAGAGUGGAGGGUGUGUUGGGCCAGACCUACAGGCCUGAUUUCCAAAACCCUGUGAAGAGGGGAGUGGCAAUGCCCAUUAUGGGAGGAGAGGACAAGUAUAAGACCUCCUCUCUCUUGUCCUCAGACUGCAAAAGAUGCAUCUUCUCCCCUUCUUCAAUGGACGGUGAUGUGCUUGUGAUGAAGCCCACCACCAUGGACUGCACUUCAAGGAUGGGCAAUGGCAAUGGGAUCGUUUGUCGCCGAUAGAGAGAGAAAGAAGAGAGGUAUGGGUAACUUGAAAUAAACUAGCAGUUUACAAAAGAAACCAGAGAGAUUUAGGGUUAGAAAUAAGAAAUAAAAAAAGGGUUGCCUAUACUUGAUUGUAGCAAGUCGCUUGCUUUCUUUGUUGUUUGUUUGACAGUUUAGGUGUCUUAGAAAGAAAGGAAUUGUUGAUUUAUUGGAUGCUGAAAGUGGUCCUAAUUAGGUCAUUGUAGCCUUUUG